GCAGCAUCUCAAGAGCAAUAGCACGUGACGGGGACACGUGCCCAAACAUACCCUUUUUAUGAAAAAUAUGGCUUCAUUUUGGAGGCACCUCCCGAUAGCGCAGAGAGGCGUAAACUUUGAAAAAACGAAGAAGAACGGAGGGAGAAAAAAUUGCGAUUCUCCCGAUUUCGGAGCUUGUUUCGCACUUGCGCGAAGGAAUUUGAACUUCCUUUGAAGUCUCAGUCAUCUCAAUCGCCUCAGGGUUUAUUGAUGUCUAAACAAAUGGGGGUUGGUGACUUGAAUUUCGGGAUUUUCAUGGCGGAUUUGGGGGACUCAAAGGGUGGACUGAGAGUUGGAAUGGUUGAAGGUUCAGAAUCCAAGUCCGUUGCGGAGAAUCCUAUUGAUAAGGUGGAUGUGGGAAAUGGUGGUAGGGUUCCGGAGGAUUCAAAGGUUUUGGAUGUGACAUCAACUAAUGGAAGUGGGAUGAAUGCUUUUGAAUCUGGCAGCAUAGAACACAAUGAUUUGUACGGUGGUAGUAGAAGUGGAGUGGCAGAUAUGAAAUUGAGGAGGAAUAAUGGAUGGGAGUCAUGGGGUGUUAUGGAUAUGGUAGGAAGGGUUCUAGGUGGAAACUUAAAUAUGGAUAAUGAGGCUGAUGUAAUGAAUAUUCCAGAAAAAGAGCCGGCGGCUGCGAAUCUAGAGUUGGAUGUGAAUAGGUGGCAAGGUAUGAUUGGAGAGUCGAUGCCUAACUACGAAUUUGGCAUUAAUGAAACUCUUAUUGGGAAAGAUUCUAGUAAGCUGGAUUUUGAAUCUAGAGAUGAGGCAAACGGUUUAAAUGGAAACCGAAAGUUGACCUCCUUCGAAAUGGUGCCAGAUGGCGGAAUGGAAACUGAGAAAGUAGAUUCUAAGGAUGACGUAACGGCGCCCUUAGAACAUAUAGAAUGUAUAACUGAAAGGGAAGGGGAGUAUCACGUGUCAGAUUUAGUGUGGGGCAAGGUUCGUAGCCAUCCUUGGUGGCCAGGCCAGAUAUUGAAUACUUCAGCAGCUACAGAUAAAGCGAAAAAACAUUUCAAGAGAAAUACCUACUUGAUAGCAUAUUUUGGGGACCAGACAUUUGCAUGGAAUGAUGCAUCAAAAAUCAAGCCUUUUCAGAUGCAGUUCUCGCAAAUGGAGAAACUGAGCAAUGUGGAUGGGUUUUGUCACGCUGUGGAAUCUGCGCUGAAAGAGGUUUCUCGAAGAACUGAACUUAGUCUGUCAUGUCCAUGCUUGCCCCAGGAGGUGUAUGAUAUGAUAAAGUUCCAAGUGUUAGAAAAUGCUGGUAUUCGAGAAGAAUCUAGAAGAAGAGCUGGUGGGGACAAUAUGUUGAGCGCAACGUCAUUUCUACCUGGAGAGCUCAUGCAGUUCCUGGGAUCAUUGGCACAAUCCCCUGUUUGUGGACCUGAUAGAUUACAAUUGACAGUUGCAAAAGCUCAACUGCUGAGCUUCAAUAGAUGGAAGGGUUUCUAUGAUCUUCCUAUUUAUGAAGAGUGUGGUAGAUUUUUGGAGGAUGGUUCUGAAGUUAUUAUGAAGAAAGACGUAAAAGAAUCACUUCAAGGGCCUGAUUUGGAGAGCAGCAAUAAUAGUCUUUCCAAAAAGAGAAAGAUUGCUCAAGAUUUCUUCUCUCGGAAGCGCAAAGGCAUUUCUAGUGAUGAAGAGAGACAAAGGAGAAAAGGAAAACGACCAUCUGCCUUGAUGUCCUCAAGAAGCUCAAGCAAACUUCAUGAAAGGAAGCCCACAAGUCGAAAAAUCAUUCCGUCUGUGAUUCUCUCAGAGUUAACCAUUGCUGCUAAAAAUCCCAAGGAGGCUUCUAAGUCUGGGCUUUCAUUACCGGGCUUUCUUAGUGAAUUUCGGAAUACAAAUUGUCUAGAAAAAUCUAGCCCAGGAUGCACCACACAAGAUGCUGUAGAACACAAGGGGGAAAUACCAUCCAAUCUGGGAGCUGCAGAUAACUUUGGAGUAGAUGGUUCAGAGGAUUCGUACUGGCCUGACAGAAUCAUUCAGAGCUACCCUGAACAUCAGGAGAUUCCGUUAACUGACAAUCUGAGGGCUGCUGAAUUAGAAGCCAAUACUGACCCAGUUUUGAAUUUGGUGGAUAAUAUCAAGGAAAGGGACAUUGGUUCUACUGGUUUGGAUGGAGAAGGCUCUUCCCUCCCAAUGAAAGAAGCAUCUGAGGAAUAUUUUCCAACGGGUUUGAUCCUUAACUUUACUUCUUUGGAGUCUAUUCCACCAAUAGAAAAUCUGAAUGAGAUAUUUCGUCGAUAUGGGCCUCUGCAAGAAGAAGAUACUGAGGUAUUGACGAAAAGCAAGCGUGCAAAAUUGACAUUCAAGAGGAGGGAGGAUGCUGAAACUGCUUUUAGCAGUACUGGAAAAUAUAGCAUUUUUGGGCCUUCGCUUGUAAGUUACCGCCUCAAUUAUACCCCAUCAUCUCGAAAGUCUCGUGCAAAGGCAAAGCAACUGAGGAAAAAAGGAAAAUCCUUGAAAGUUGAUGCUUGAAUUGAAGAGGACUAGAUGUACAAUCUACCCUUUAUCUUCUCGUAAAAUCUAGCUUUUAUUUCUAACAUUGUUGGAAGGCAUGCAUACAGACUACAGAGAUUAGAUGGCUAGCAGCUGACUUAUUGUUUAAUUUAAGUGUGGUUUACCGAGUAGUCUCAAUAAGUUUUAUCUAAAUAUAAACUGCAUAUGGAUUUACAGUUGUGGUGGAUGUAACUAUAGACAUCUUGUCUGAUAGUUGUUUUGAAGCUAGACACACAACGUGUUUGCUACUGCUUGAUAUGUUUUGUCAUUUCAUUUUAAAUGUGUUGAUUAUUGACU